ACACACAAAUCAGGAUUGGUAGGGCCCAUCUCUGAGCCCUGCCUUGCUGGCCCUGAGCCCGCUUUCAUGUUGCUUCUUUUAAUGGGUAUUUUGUCUCCUUGGAUUUGUGUUUGUGUUCACCUGGGCGCAUACUAGUUCUCUCUGGCCCCUUCAUAAGAGAGAGGAGAGACCUCUGAGCUGUUGUCCUCAAGACUGGGCAGAGUUGCCGGGAGAGAGUAAAAGAGAGCUCAGGGGAGGAAAAGGAGAAUUUUUUUUAUCCAGCUCCUUGCUUGAUUCUCUUUGAUCCCGGAGAGCAGAGCAGCCGCCAGUCCAACUAAUCCUUGCUGUUCGUGUGCCGGAGUUUGAUUGCUCUCCAGAUCUGAGGCACCUGCUCUGUGGAUUCCAGGAAUCCGAGCACGGACUCGACAGGGAGUUCUUAGAUAAAAGGGGAAGAAGAAUCUGAGCAGAUCGGUGGAAUUAAGAGCGACUUGGGUCUCUGGAGGAUGCCGUCAAGAAACCGCGUGGAGGGGAGAGCGAUGAGAUGAGGGAUGCUGGCCGCGGUGAUGGACUACUUCAGCUCCUGCUGGGGCCCGCGAUCUCGGGCCGGGCACCGGGGUAAGGGCUCCGACGUGGCGGGCCAGCAGGACGGGCUCCUCUGGUACAAGGACGCCGGCCAGCUCGUCACCGGGGAUUUCUCCAUGGCGGUGGUGCAGGCCAACCAGCUGCUCGAGGACCAGAGCCAGGUGGAGUCCGGACCGCUCUCCCUGGCUGACCCAGGCCCGCAGGGCACCUUCGUCGGCGUCUAUGAUGGCCAUGGCGGCCCGGAGACGUCCCGGUUCAUCAAUGACCACCUCUUCAACCAUCUCAGAAGAUUCGCAACUGAGCACAAGUGCAUGUCAGUUGAAGUGAUCCGGAAAGCUUUCCAAGCAACCGAGGAGGGCUUUCUUUCUCUAGUCAUCAAGGAAUGGCCCUUGAAGCCUCAGAUUGCAGCAGUAGGCUCUUGUUGCCUAGUCGGUGUAAUAUGUGCUGGGACUCUCUAUGUUGCGAACCUUGGUGACUCACGUGCAGUUCUUGGAAGACUUGUCAAGGCAACUGGAGAGGUUCUGGCCAUGCAGUUGUCAGCAGAGCACAAUGCGUGCUAUGAAGAAGUUAGACAAGAGCUGCAGUCAUCACAUCCUGAUGAUCCACAAAUUGUGGUUCUAAAACACAACGUUUGGCGUGUGAAGGGUCUCAUCCAGAUCUCAAGAUCUAUCGGAGAUGUAUAUCUAAAGAGGCCGGAGUAUAACAGAGAACCUCUUCAUAGCAAGUUUCGGCUUCGGAAAACCUUCCAGAGACCAAUUCUUAGUUCUGAACCUCAAAUCACUGCACACCAAAUUCAGCCCAACGAUCAAUUUAUUAUAUUUGCUUCUGAUGGGCUAUGGGAGCACCUCAGCAAUCAGGAAGCUGUUGACCUUGUCCAAACGAGUCCUCGUAAUGGGAUUGCUCGAAAACUAGUUAAAGCCGCGAUGCAAGAAGCAGCCAAGAAAAGGGAAAUGAGAUAUUCAGACCUCAAGAAAAUUGAUCGUGGGGUGAGGCGUCAUUUCCAUGACGAUAUAACCGUCGUCGUGGUAUUUCUUGAUUCGAAUGCGAUGAGCAAAGCUGGCUGGAGCAAAAGCGCUUCAGUUUCUCUCCGAGGGGGUGGUGUCAGCCUUCCCGCAAAAUCCCUUGUGCCUUUCACUGCUCCCGCGCAGUUGAACAGCACCUACUGAAGAAGCUAUACUGAACAGAGAGUACAAUGCUGAUGGGAGAUGAAAGCAACUGGUGCAAUCAAGUGUAGUAUUAUUCCUGCUGUGUUGCUCUUGCAAAAGUGUUUAGAGUCCGCCUGGUAAUUAGUGUCCUGAUAGUGAGGUAUAUAAUUAGAUUAUUUCUUAGCGACGCAAUCCUCCUUUCUUUUUCUUUUUUACUAUCCUUAUCCUUUUCUCGUCAUCCAUGAGAGAACAGGUGGUUGUAAAUUGUCCAGAAUAUCUUUUCGUAAUAGUCCAUCAAAUCCCCCUUUUUUCGUGUU